UAUGCAAUGUAAUUGCUUUGUAAUAGUGGGCAGUCUAGCUUUAAGACAUGUGAUACCUCUCCCAGUAAGGGUGUAUUGAAAUACACACACUACUUAGUACAUUCUAAAGGAGAUAGAGCUUGUGCUUAAAGCAGCUCUCAAUGGGAGGAAAGAAACUGAGGGGAGGCUGAUCUUUCAUUAAACAGGGAUUGAUCCUCUCUUUAAGUAAAUGUGAAGCUGCAAAUGAACUCGAUAUCACUUGAAGGGUCCCCUCCAGUAGCAGUAGAUGCUGUACAAUGAUUUAAGGUUGAAAUGACAAGGUUUCCACCCCUUAAAUCCUGGCUACUUUGUGACAGUGCAUCGCAACACUGAUAUUUUCAUUCACUCUGCAAACAGGAUUGGAGCUGCGCAGAGCAGAGGGACAAAAGAGUUUUCUAAUCCUUGAUCUCACAGAUUAUUUUUAGGAAUUUAUUGGAAUCCCUGCUGGAGGAAUGGAUGGAUUUGAGACAACGUGUUAGAUCUUUUGGAUGAACAAUAAUAGGGUUCUUUGCUCCUGGCUGGAUUAUUCAGAGAAUUGCAAUGGUCUCUGCGAUGUCCUGGUUCCUGUAUAUGUGGAUAAGUGUCAGUGCCAUGCUGCUCUGUCAAGCAACUCUUUAUGACACUAUACAGCAGCACCACCUACCAAGGCCAGAGAGGAGCACCCUCGAGAUCCUAGAAGGAGGUACGUGUGAGGUGAUAGCCGCACAUAGGUGUUGUAACAAGAACCGAAUUGAAGAAAGAUCACAAACAGUAAAGUGCUCCUGUCUACCAGGGAAAGUCGCUGGGACAACGAGAAACAAACCCUCCUGUGUUGAUGCUUCCAUAGUUAUUGGGAAAUGGUGGUGUGAGAUGGAACCCUGCCUGGAAGGAGAAGAGUGCAAGACAUUACCUGAUAAUUCAGGAUGGAUGUGCUCUUCAGGCAACAAAAUUAAGACCACUAGGAACACGCAGCCUUAUUCGUCUUUUUAGCCAUGGACUCAAAGAUCAAAGAAGGCCUUAAAUCACAUACAAUAGAGAUGGAGCAUCAAAUGUUUCUAAAAAGAAAGGGGACAUCAUUGCCUAUUUCACCAGACCAGGGCAAGCAGCAAUGAGAAGCCCCAGUGAUCUUAGCUGAUGCCAUCUAUCAAAA